AUGGCCGCCAUAGGGAGUAUGGGGGAUAAAUAUGUCCAGGAGCCCCCGUAUUCUAUGGGCAUCCGACCAGAAUAUAUCACCGAGUUCGAACGACUACUCUGGAUCGAACCAAAAUAUGAUGCGUACUCAUCAAACGAGUACUGCAUCCGAUAUGAUAGCGACGGAUCGACUCUAUUCACUGCUACAGGAAUGAGAUACGGAGAAAAUUAUACCCGUGAGUAUCGCGAUUCGUCUGGCCUCCCUUUGUUCGAAACCCAGAAGGUCUGGUCGCUGGGCUGGAAAUUUAGACGGCCGUGGCGAGUUCGUUUGCCAGGGAGCAAAGAGAAAGAUUUGGUUGAUAUCCGAUUCAAAGGCGUGAUGAACAAAAGCUUUGAGGUGAAUUUUCGCAAUGCAGUUGCGCAUGACACCAAAAAUGAGGAUGACAAGAUGGUCCAUCUCGUGGUGCACCGUGUCUCGCCUGUCUACCGGGUGUACGAGGUGAGAUUGGGCAGCGUCAAAGUAGUGGAUAUACGCGAAAGCAUGGAAAGGAACAGAUCUGUGCCAACAAGUCACUAUAAUUCAAGUGGAGGCAUGUUGCCCCGUCGGUUGGCGAUGGAGGUAUUAGUGGCUGCUAAUUUUGACAUGUCUCUGGCUUCUCUUAUUGCCGUCAUUGUCUGUGAUAUAGGUUUCAGUGCAACACCUCCACACUCGACUAGUCGGAUGCAUGCUUCUCUGGAAAUUCCCUGGUACGUCUGA